AUGGAAUAUAUCAACGAUAAGAAAAUCUCCGACACUGAGUAUCAACGAGAUGGCGCCGUGGAAGGUGGUGAUGUAAACACCUUCCGUGACGACCGACCCGAAUACUCACGUGGUGGGCGCGGCCGCAGGGGCGGGGCUCACCGAUCGGACAACUGGCGCUCUGACCCGUCCGGCGGCGGCGGUGGUGGUGGCAACCGCGAGGACAAUGAGGAGUACCGUGGCGGACGCGGUGGCUACCGCAGUGGUCGCGGCGGCCGCGGCGGCGGUCGCGGUCGUGGCUCCUACAAUGCCUGGACAAACCGUGAAACCUGCGACGAGGACAACGCCAGCCCGGCAGCGUCGGAUGCCGCUGGUGACCGCGCCUAUGCCAGCAAUCCUUCCACAGCGCCGGCUCCCGUCAGCGCUCCUGCGCCGGCUCCUGCUGCUGCGCCGACCCCAGCGAGUGCUCCUGUGAGCGUACCGGAGAAGGCGCCGGCCAGCCUUCCUGCCGAGACUGGCGGUUUCGCCCCUCCUGGGCACGAGAGACGUGAGGCGGCGUCUGAGCCCUGGAACCGCGAGGAUGACCGUUGCUACAGCCGCGGCGGACGUGGUGGUUACCGCUCUGGCGGUCGCAGCUACGACGGUGGCUUCGGCGGCCGUGGUGGUCGCGGGGGGCGGCGCUACUACGAUGCUGAGGAGGAGGGCGGUGGCGGCUACCGCCGUCGCAACUAUGAUGACGGUGACGGCGGGGAGGGCGGCUACUCUCGCAACUACGACAGCGGCUAUGGCGGUGGCGGCUACCGUCGUGGCGGCUACGGCGGCCGUGGUGGUCGCGGUGGCCGGCGUUACUACGACGACGAGGACGACUACGGCGAGGGCGGCGACCGUGCCGGCGGCACGGGCAACGAGGACGACGACUACGAGGACGGCGGCUACGAUGCCUACCGCCGCGGUGGCUCUCGCUGGCGUCGUGGGGGUCAGGGCCGCGACUACGACUAUGACCGCCCGCGCGGACGUGGUGAACGUGGUGGUCGCCGUGACUUUCGCUCCUUCCGCAACGAGGACGACGCUAUGGAGGAGUCCGGCGGCGCUCAGGGUAACGCGUGGGCCUCUUCGCCUGCGCCGACGGAGGCGGGGACGGCACCGCAGGAAUAUGCCCCGGCUCCGGCGACUGCCGCUGGCGCGGUUGCGCCGCGCUCAGCCGCCCCUGAUCCUGCGAAGGCUGAUGAAGGCGUGCCCUCGCCAGCUCCCCAGCAGAUGCAGUCGGGCAUUCGUCGCGUCACACGUGCCGCGCACCUGCGUCGUAAUUGCCACGACGAGGCCAAGGUGAUGGAGCUCUUUGAGCACCACCACCGCCAGUCGGGCAUUUCGCUGGACAACUACGACAGCAUUCCGGUCGAGAUGGUGCCGCGCGAUGUAAAGCCUGUGGAGGACUUCGCCGAUUUGCUUGUCGAGCCGGCGCUGGCCGCUAACAUCGAGCGCUGCGGCUACAAGAAGCCGACGCCUGUGCAGCGGUACGGUAUCCCGGUCGCACUGUCCGGUAGCGAUCUGAUGGCGUGUGCGCAGACAGGUUCUGGUAAGACGGCUGCCUUCCUGAUCCCUGUUGUGCAGUACAUGCUGGUUCACGGUGUGUCGCCGGCGCGCCAGCGCAAGAGCUACCCCAUCGCGCUGGUGCUGGCGCCGACGCGCGAGCUGGCCGUGCAGAUCUUUGACGAGGUGCGCAAGCUCACCUUCAACACGGAUAUCUUCUACGACGUCGUGUACGGUGGUACCCGCUACCCGCAGCGCUUCGAGCAGGAUAUCCUGGUCGCCUGUCCUGGCCGUCUGCGCGAUAUGUUCAACGAGGAGUACCUCUCUUUCUCCGCUAUCAAGUUCCUCAUUCUCGAUGAGGCGGACCGUAUGUUGGAGAUGGGAUUCGAGGAACAGAUCGAGGAGCUCGUCGCGUCGCGCUACACCGAUAUGCCCACCGUCGAUGAUCGCCAGACCUUCAUGUUCAGUGCCACCUUCCCGCAGCGCAUUCUCAACCUCGCCAAGCGCUACCUGCGCCGCAAGUACUACUUGCUUACCGUCGGUCGUGUCGGGUCGACGACGAAGAACAUCACCCAGACGAUCGAGCACGUGCCGGACAACGAGAAGAUGGAUCGCCUGCUGCAAAUCAUCUACGGCCACGAGAUGAGCGAUAUGGUGCUGAUCUUCGUGGAGACGAAGAAGAUGGCUGAGGACGUAAACCGCCGCCUGCACCGCGAGGGCAUCAGCAGCACCACGAUCCACGGUGACCGUCGUCAGCAGGAUCGCGAGGCGGCCCUCGAGGACUUUAAACAGAAGGUGACGCCCAUCCUGGUCGCGACGGACGUGGCUUCUCGUGGUUUGGAUAUCCCCGAUGUGGCGCACGUUGUGCAGUUCGACCUGCCGCAGGAGAUGGACGACUACACGCAUCGCAUCGGCCGUACCGGUCGCGCCGGUAACAAGGGUAUCGCGACUGCUUUUUACAACCGCAACAACCGCCGCCUUGCGCUGGACCUGCACAAGUACUUUUCGGAGCAUGGCCAGGAGAUUCCCAAGUGGUUUCAGCAAGAGGCGGAACUCGUCGAGGGUGAGGCGCUGCUGUCUCGCGACAUGGGAGGCGGUGGCCGUCGUCGUGGUGGUGGUGGUGGUGGCGGCGGUGGUCACCGUUCCGGCGGUCCGGGCGGCCGCGGCGGUGGCGGUGGCGGUGGCUCAUGGGGUGACAGCCGUCCUUCUGCUCCGUCUGGCGGUGGUCGCCGGGGCGGCGGUGUGGACGACGGUGGCUUCUAA